ACUACUCCCUAAACCAGAUAGAUUACAUGGUUAUAUUUACUGUGCAGCAGCCAGCAACGCUGGAGGAGGUUGCUAGGAAGUUUCGUUUGCACCCAGGGCCCUGUGUAUAGGAUCGGACUAGUCGAGGACAGAACGUUUAGCUGUGUGUUCAUGCGUCUCGCUGUGUGUUCAGCCGAGAUACAUGGCAGCAAGAAGAGAGACCCCACACACAAUGAAACCCAGAUUGCUCAAAGCCGUUGCCACAGGCGACCUAGGCCUGCUGGAACAAGCUCUAGGCUUGAAGCCCUCACCGGCGACAGCUGAGCAGGGCGACCUGAGCUGCCUAGAUGGCGUCACGGCAGGGGGCGGCUCGGCGCUCCACGUCGCCGCCAGCCGCGGGCACCUGGAGCUCGUCAAGAUGGUCUGCGCUCAGGCCCCCUCGCUCAUCAGGAGAAGGAACCAUCUGGGCGACACAGCUCUGAUCUGCGCCGCGAGGGCUGGCCACGCGGAUGUGGCCGACUACCUCGCGGCGCGUGCUGUGGAGGAGAACGAGGACGGGAACCCCACGCUGAGGGCGACGAACUCGGGCGGGGAGACUGCGAUGCACGAGGCGGUCAGGAAUGGCCAUGCCCUCGUCCUGGAGAAGCUCAUGUCCAGGGAUAGCGGCCUGGCCGGAGUGGUCGAUGGGGAUGGUGUAUCCCCGCUUUACUUGGCGGUUGCAUCCAACCGGGCUGACAUGGUCCGAGUCCUGAUUAGGGAAUCUCCCGACGGCGUGAAAUCAUCGGCGAGCUUCUCGGGGCCAGAUGGGCAGACUGCAUUGCAUGCUGCGGUCUACGUCAGCAGAGGUGAAUCCCUGCAACGUUGGGAACAAACACUUGCCAGCAAGGUCUACAAUUAUGGAAGAACUGCCCGUCACCAUGGGACACUAUUGGCUCAAAAACUUGAACCUGUGGAACUUCUAUUGAGCAAUAACAGCUCCCUUGCAUACAUUCAAGAUAAUGAGGGUCUAUUUCCUAUCCACAUUGCCGCUAUAAUGGGCAACGUUAAUAUUGUCCGCAAAUUCAUUGAAAUAUGCCUGGACUAUGAUGAGUUGCUUGACAACAAACGCAGAAAUAUCCUACACUGCGCCGUUGAACAUGGAAGGGUGAUGUUGGUUCGGCACAUAUGUGGAAACCCAAAGUUCUUGAGGAUGAUGAAUGCGAGGGAUGGCGAAGGAAACACACCGCUACAUCUGUCUGUAAAGCAUGGGCAGGCAAUGAUCUUCUUCUUUCUUAUGGUGGAUCCUAGGGUGAAUCUUGCCAUUAUGAACAACGAGGGAUCAACACCUCUAGAUGUUGCCUCGAAUAAGAUACAAAGUGAUGAUACAUUAUUGUCAUCGUUGACGGACACUUCCAUCAUCAUAUGCUUAAAUCUUUGUGGUGCCUACGGCAGCCCCUGCCACCUGGCUAAAAAAUUGAAAGAUAAUCGGUGCUCGAAAGAAAAGAAGGAAUCAAGCAUUUACGCUAAUGUGUCCCGGAACAUGUUCAACAACUCUAUAUUUAUUGGAUUCAGUUCAGCACUCGCUGCUGCUUCUACACCACCUGGGGGUUACAUUGCAGAAGGCGCGGAUGCUGGUAAGCCAGUACACGGAGGGAGAACUUCUUUCUGGAUAUUCAUGUUUGCAAACAUCAUGUCGUUCUUUCUCUCGAUACCAACGAUAUCUCUGUUUGUAUUUACCAGACAAACAAGAGAUCACCGGUUUUAUCUUAUUUUGUCUGCGACAUUGUUUUUUGGAGCAGUUCUGUCCAUGCUAAUCACAUCUGUGAUGUCUGUAUGGCUAACAUUUGACCCUGAGAACAGGUGGGGCGAAUAUAUUUUCGAUCGGCUGGUGUCAGCUGAUUUAGCAGUUGCUAUAGUUCUACAGGUUGCCACGCUGUUGUGGACGAGCAAACACCGCUGGCAGGACAUUUCUAAAGUAAUAGUUCAAGCUAUCCUGCUAAUUCAUGUGGUUCGAGCUUCAAUCGGCACCGUGCAGCCCCUAGUUAAAAGCGUACUGGCUGGUCAACAAGAACCCUGCAGCUCGACUGGGUGUGUGAUCCAAGAUGAUGCGGUUUUCUUAUACCCUACUUGAGGUUCGUGAACUCUCUCUGCAGAUCUGUGGAAUUGUUCAGGGCAUUUGGCUUUUAUCAGCUAGAGUUGUUCUGUUAGUCAGUAAGAUCUCUUCAACAAUAUCAGCUGUAUAAGUGCUCUCGAACUGCUGCCAGACACCAUGCCAAAGCUGUAGUUUGAUACUGUAGUUUCUUUGUAACAGAUUUUGUUUUUCAACAAUAGUAUUGAAAUCAUCUGAUAGUGUGCAAUGGAUGCAAGGUUUUGUGUUUUCUUUUU